UUUUCAAAUAAAGAUAGAAAUUUUUCUUGUUCAAGAAGCUUGUUGAUAGCUUUUAAUCAUCUCUGUGAAAAAAUGAUGCAAAGAAGAGUCCAGAACCUCGAUUUAUUUUCUUGUCAAAUAGACAAAGGGGACAACGAACUGGGGCUUUGUACUUGUAUCUUCUUUGAUCCAGCAGAUGAGGAUGGAAAGGAACCAGGGGUUUUUAUAACUGAAAUUAUUGAAGGAGGUGCAGUUCACAAACUUGGAUGUAUCCGUGUAUUUGACCAGAUUAUUAAAAUAGGUGACAUCAAUCUAAUUGGAUUGGAUGAAGCAGAAAUCGUCUCUACUUUUAAAAAAAUGGACGAUUCUCCUUUCCAGUAAGUAAAUUUUCCCAUAUUUCUUUUAAGAUGCAGA